GCGAAGGCGGAAGAACCAGGCUUCCGGCGUGACCUCGUACACAUACCGCGUAUGGACAGCUCAGUACGGAGUACUCCGUGCUAAGUACUUGGAGACAACUCGGUAUGAUACAGCGGUAUGUCGCGGCAACAACGUACGGUAUUGUUGAUUCUGCCCAUCCUUUGGUCUUUUCAUCAUCGUCCCCUCUCGCCCCACUGUCCCACCAUGACCAAUCAGCACCCUCUUAGCAACAGCCCCGACCAAUGGGCCUGCUCUGCCACCCCCUCUUCGAUCUCGAGCCUUGGAAGCAGCGCCGUGACUGGCACCACUGGCCGCGUGGGCAACCAGCAGCAGCAGCAGCCCUUCAGUCACCACCAGCUAAGCACUAACCCGUUUAUAAAUAAACAGUGGAGCCCAAGCCGGCUUGAAUUUUUCAUCGACGCGGGCUUAUCAGCAUUCUUAUUCUUCCGACUCCUCACGCCUGACUCCGACGUCUGUCUAUUACCUUCGUCCAGCCCGCCUCCCACCUCCUCUUCCCAUCCGAUUUCGCCCCGGUUUAUGCGUUGAGUCGCAUCGCUCCCACUCGCAUCCCUCACAGUGCUCACACAUUUAUCGACUAUCCAUAUCCACACAUCCACUUCCCGUCAGCUAGCAGCCAG